AUGCGCCGCCACUGUCGGGCUGGUGUCGCAGCCGCGCUGACAGGCUGCGCUUUCAGGAGGGGCGCCUCGUUCGCCGCCGGGAGUCCGCCACGCUGCGUCGUGGAUUACUUUAGGCAACACGGCCACGUCGUGACGCGGGGGCUGCUGCCAGAGGAGGAGUUCGGCACGGCGGCCCGCGAGAUGUGGCAGCUGGUCCCCGGCGGUGACGGCGACGGGCCGCUCCGGCCGCCGCAGCGCCGAGGCCAGCCGGUCGGCGGCGCUUCCCGGCCUUUCACCAAGAUAGCGAACCCGCACUCGAGGAUACGGGCGGCGCUCCGGCUGGCGUUCAGUCCGGCCAUGCUGGGCACCGCCGCGGCCUUGCUGGGGGCAGCCAGCGUGCGCCUGCACCAGGACUCGCUCUUCCUCAAGCGCCGGGGCGAGCCCGCCACCGCCUGGCACGCGGACCUCUGGACGGCCCCGCUGGCCACGGGCCGCUUCGUGACUGCAUGGCUGCCGCUGCACCGAGUCGAGAUCGACGGCGCUCCGCUCUUCUUCAAAGCGGGCUCCCACCUGAAGCCCCAGGUGACCAUCCAGUGCACUCCCGGCCCCGAGGCCGAUGCGCUCCUGGAGCCUGGCGCCGUGGGGGCGCAUCACGCACCGCUGCGGGAGGGGGACGUCACCUGGCACCACGGCUGGACGAUCCACGGCUCGCCUCCGCUGAGCGGGGGUGCUCGUAGCCGCCUCGCGUAUACGGCUGCCUACUACGCGGAGGAGGCUGGAUUCGAGGCGUGGCUGGGGAAAAGUCAUCGGUUGCUCUGA